GAAUAUUCCUAUUCUCCCCUGUCCCCACGAGCCUCAAUUAGUGUAGAGUUGGCAGAGUUGGGCGCAACAGCGCAAUCCACGCCAAGCUUGGCCUCCGCGCCGUACAACGUCCGCCCUUCGGCUCACGAGCUUGCUGUCCCAUCCCCCUCCCACCUCCCAUGUCGCCCGCCUGUCUGCCUUUCUUCAUACAAGCACCAAGGGGAACCCCGUGAAGUCGACAGUCCGAGAAACCUACACUGGCAUCACUAAUGGCGCCUCCUUCGCGCUUUGGCGGCGGCCCGCCAGCCAUGCCACCUUAUCAGCACCAGUUUCCCCAACAUGCUCCCACACAUGCGUCACAUCAACAGACAUCUCUCGCGAACCCGCCAUUUCUAACACAACAGUUGAGUCCUUUCGCAACUAAUGGGCUUGGGUUAGCUGGUGGCAUGGGCGCUGCUGCGUCCAGCUUCCAGGUUGGUGAGCAGACAGGUUUCGCAAGUCAAGCUGCGAGGGCCGGAUUCCAGCAGGCCACUGCGUUACAACAACAGCAGCAGCAACAGCAACAGCACCCCCACCAACAGUCCCAUAACCAGCCAGGAGACCGAGCUGCACGAGCCGCGGGUGGAGCCAAAGGCCGGAUACGAGAUGUAUGGAGGCAUAACUUCGAAGAGGAGAUGAUACUGCUCAUGGAUUUGGCCGAAGAUUACCCCUACAUAGCUAUGGAUACUGAAUUUCCUGGAAUCGUCGGGCGGCCAAUGGGGAACUUCCGGGGGAAGAGUGACUACCACUACCAGUGCCUGCGGGUCAACGUCGACAUGCUGAAGGUGAUACAAAUAGGCAUUAGCUUAUUUAACGAGAAAGGCGAAACACCCGCUGACAAUGCACACAACAACCCUCUCAAUGACGCCGGUCCCGGUGCCAGGCGGCAGGCCCAAUCACAAAUUCCUCUUGCGUGGCAAUUUAACUUCAAGUUUGCGUUGAAGGACGAAAUGUACAACCAAGCCUCGAUCGAGUCACUGCAACAAGCCGGGAUUGACUUCAAUCUCCUUGAGCGCGACGGUAUCGAUCCUAGGAAGUUCGCUGCCCUCUUCGUAGUUUCAGGCUUUGUAUGCUUUGAUAGUAUCAAGUGGCUUUCCUUCCAUGGAGGAUAUGAUUUCGGUUACUUGACGAAACUCUUGUCGGAUACAAAGCUUGCAAAUGACGAGAGUGAAUUUGACAAAGUCAUGAAGAAGUGGUUCCCCCAGACGUACGAUGUCAAGCAUCUGAUGAAGUACGCCGUCAAGCUCCACAACAGUGGCAUUUUGACCCCAACAGACCCCUCGACAACGGAAAUACUACAGAAAUUCGAACAGAAAUCAGGCUUAGAAAGCAUUGCUGAGGCACUCAAGAUUAAGCGUCUAGGGGCUGCUCAUCAAGCUGGUUCUGAUAGUCUGCUCACUGGCAAAGUAUUCUUCCAGUUGCGAGAGAAGAUAUAUAACGGCGACAUAUCGGAGGAUCAUAUCGGAAAGAUCUGGGGUUUGGGGUUCAGCGGCAUGGAGAUGCCACUGCAGCAGCCAGUCAACACUGAUAACACUCCACCAGGGGGUACGAAUGGCAGUAACACAAAUGGCGGUCCCAGCACUCCGAGCACCGCUAGUGUUGGGCUAGCCAGUACUCCUGCUGCGCAGUCGCACAACACGAACGGCAUGGGACCUAUGACACCCGGCGGAGGCGGUGGCGUAUUCGGUCAAUUCAACUUCCCUUCUAAUCCCAGAUAGAAUCCGUUAGAAGUAAAUGAGUCAGGGGU